GUUCGUUUUCUCCCUUUUCCUCUCUCAGUCUUCUCUCUUCCCACUUACACAUCCACAUCGCAUGCAGAAUCUCAACUCCUUCGAUCCCUUUGCAGACGAAGAAACCCAAGACGUUGGCUCUCAGGCCGCUUACAUUCACAUUCGUAUCCAGCAGAGGAAUGGAAGGAAGACAUUGACCACCCUACAAGGCUUGCCCAAACAAUACGACGCUAAGAAAGUAUUGAAGGCCUUCAAGAAGGAAUUUGCGUGCAAUGGCACUCUCGUUGACGACGAGGAGAUGGGCCAAGUUAUUCAGCUCCAAGGUGACCAGCGAAGCAAGAUAUCUACUUUCCUUGUCGAAAACGGCAUCUCAAAGUCCACCAUCAAGGUGCAUGGGUUCUGAUUAAUGUACUUUAUCGACCACACUAUUCCCUAUCAUCACUCCCGUUACCCAUGUAUAUCGAUCAAUUCUUCAACGUAGUGUCACACAGUGUACGAGUUAUGGCAUCAUUCUGAUUGUAAUGGCCU